CUUUGGUUCUUUUCCUUUUCGUCUCUCCUUUUCUUGGGUUGCCCCGUUUCUGUUGAAGCUCUGAUUCUACACGUUCGCGGCUGUGGAUAAUAAAUUGAGGUGAUUUUAAUUUCUUGGCUUUGCUAGGUUAUUGUCGUCUGAGCCUUGAAGCGUUCAAUGUAUGGAAUCAAACCCUAUGCUUCUUUUUUGGGUACUUUCAAUUUGUGUCUGAAAUGAAGGAUUCUACAGAAAGGAAGCUGCUUUUUCUGCAUCGCAUUGAUGGCUGGUCUGCAAUUUCAAAGCUCAGGGAUGUUGUCAAGGGAGCAGUUGGUUUAUCUGUUUGAUCGAUUCUCCGAGCUCACCGCCCAGCCAGAUGUAAAGAGAAGAAUUUCAGAUGCCGUGGAUGAUAAACAGGAAGCUGUAGCUGUUACUACAGCACUUCAAGAGGGCAUAUUUUUGGAGAUGGAAGUUGAUCCUAGCUUCGGCAUUUCUUGUUUGGGUAAAGUGAAUACAAUUUAUGAGAAUGACCGGGAUUUGAUGAUUCAGUUUUACAAGUUUGUGGCAAGUGAAGAAAUGGCUUGUGAUGAGGCUGAACUUGGAACAGAAGAAUAUGCCAAGAAAUUGCAUAAUCAACAAAUGCUUCAGGGGAAGGCAAGUCCUUUUUGGAAAACUUCUUUUGCUUUCAUCCUUUCUGUGCAACUGGAGAUGCUGAAGUACAUGCGCAAAUUCCACCUGGAUGACCAAUCUACUAUUCUUGAUAAGUUGCGCCAAAACCUGGAGAAUGCGAAUUUCGACGAAGAGGCAUCGGUAUUGCCAACAGACCAGAUUCAAGAAACUGUGCGUAGGAGGGUGUCCCCAUUAUUCAUGCCAGCCAACUAGGCUUAGGGG